UUGAUUGCAGCCAAAGCCGCCACAAAGAUUCAAGCCGUAUUUCGAGGCCACAAAGUGAGAGAAACCAUGAAAAAAUCGGAAACCAAAACUACAACCAACAAUGGCAGCGCCUCUGCCUCUGCCUCUGCCCCUGCCUCUGCUGCUGCCGCCGAGCCGGAGCCCACCAAAGCAGAGCUCGAGGCUGAGUUCGAUCCGAACGACAAAGAGCUGUGCCAUGCUGCGCUGAAGAUUCAGUCCACUUUCCGUGGCCAUCUGGCACGCAAGCUGGUCAACAAAGAUGUGCCGGAGGACGAGGACAUACAGGAGAUAACCAAGAAGGUGGCCGAGGAGCUGGACAUUGAUCUAACCGAUCCGGAGCUAAACAAGGCAGCCACCAAAAUCCAAGCAUCGUUCCGUGGCCACAAGAUCCGCAGGGAAACCAAUCCCGAAUAAGCUGCGCCAAUGCGCAGACUUCUCAAUUUGUUGGUGUCGGCUGACCACAGAGCAGUCUACAAAUAUUAAAAAAAAAAAAUAAAAAUAAAAAUAAAAAAAUUGAUUAAACAAACAGAAAACAAGAAACAAAAAUUGGUAAAAUGUAACUGUGCAUAGUGUUUGAUGAAGCCUGCACUCGUGUAAACUUUUUAGAAAAUAUGUUAAUUAAUAAAUUAAUAAUAUGAAUAAUUCAUUAUUUUAUAAGCAAUAAUUCAAUUAAUGGAAAGGCAAUUAAUGUUUCCAGUUUUGAGUUCUUCAAUUCUACAACUGAAUGAAAUCUGUCAAAGAUCUCAAUCGAUUUAUUCUAUAAGCCAGCUGGAUUUGUUGUAUGGAAUGGUUUGCGAGAGAUCAAUUAGAUUCUCUAUAUGAAUUCCAUUCGUAAAUUAUGUGUAAAGCCGACCCGAGCCAAUUAUUAGCUUAUAACUGAAGCAUACUAUGGAAACUUCCUUGUUUAUUAAUUUCUAU